AUGGUUCGUAUAUUCUCCUAUGCAGUGGUGUUCAUUUUAUGUGUUACGUCUUGUUAUGCAGUCAAAGUUGUAAACGUUGAUGCCAUUUGCAAGAACGUCACAGAUUAUACAUUUUGUUCAAAUCUUCUCAAUGCAAAACCUGGGACAAGUCGCGAUCUUGUUAGCCUUACACAAUACACCAUUGACGCGCUUCGUGUCAAUGUGACCAACACCGUCAAGCUACUCGACAGUUUAAUUGCACAUAGUGGUAGUAAUUUCAACCUAACAUACCAUUACAAUAUGUGUUCAGAACUUUUUGGUAUCCAAAAGGGUGCCCUUCAUACGUUUGAGGAUGUUGAAAAACUCUUCAAGACUGGAGAUUACGAAUCUGUGUAA